AAAUACUCCUUCCUAGGUCCUGCAAAUCCACCGAAGAAUUUCGCAGUCCGCAGCUCCCAGAGUCGAAAGAAUAGCGACCGAGCGAGCAGGCAAGCUAUGGGGCACUCCAACGUGUGGAAUUCUCAUCCCAAGAACUAUGGGCCUGGAUCUCGUGCCUGUCGCGUGUGUGGGAACCCCCAUGGGAUCAUUCGGAAGUAUGCCCUAAUGUGUUGCCGACAGUGCUUCCGCAGUAAUGCCAAGGAGAUUGGCUUCAUUAAGUACCGCUAAAGAAGUUCUGCCUAUGACACUAGUGUGGAAGAAUUGGCUGGAGAACAGUAAUGGCAAUCGCUUUUGUUGCUGAAUGAAUUUUAAAUAUGCUGUUUUUAGUUAAUGAUACAUUUUUGAACUUGAAUUGAUCAAUGGAUUGAAAACUUUUUGGCUAAA